AUGGUUCAGAUCGAACGCAGCGGCGCCACAACUGAUGUCAUGAAGAACUACUUCAUUGGGAGUGUGUUGAGCGGUGGAGGAAGUGUGCCAUCACCAAAGGCCACACCUGAAGCUUGGGUGAACAUGGUCAACGAGAUUCAGAAGGCUGCUCUUUCCACCCGCCUUGGGAUCCCCAUGAUCUAUGGGAUUGAUGCUGUCCACGGUCACAACAACAUGAAUGGCGCCACCAUUUUCCUUCACAAUGUGGGCCUUGGAGUCACCAGGCGAGAGAGCAACCACAUUGUCUCCCUGAAGGUUCUGUUCAAGACUCAGCUUCAACAAUCUCAAGUUGAGCAUCAGUUAAGAAGAGAAGUUGAGAUUCAGUCACAUCUUCGUAACCCCAAUAUACUCCGGCUCUAUGGUAACUUCUAUGAUCCGAAAAGGAUUUAUUUGAUACUUGAGUAUGCUGCUAGAGGCGAGCUUUACAAGGAGCUUCAGAAAUGCAAGUACUUCAGCGAAAGACGAGCUGCAACUUAUGUUGCAUCGUUGGCGAGGGCUCUCAUCUAUUGCCAUGGCAAGCAUGUGAUACACAAAGAUAUCAAACCAGAAAAUCUGUUAAUCGGUAGUAAGAUCAUCAAGUAG